GCAGUUAACUGAUCCCUCGUUUAUUGAAAUGUAAACAGGGUUCAAGUAGUUUCUUUUUAUUCUUUGUUGCCGCGACGUUAUGCAGUCGUAGCAGUGUGAUGAAAAAGUUCAUUUGAACGAGAAGAUAUAAUUCUGUAAUGAUGUCACUGAACUAGGAUAAAGUGUGAGGUGACCAGUGAAUAUUAUACAGUGCAGUGCAUGUACUGUAGACAGUGUAGUUCUUAAAUGAUCUCUUAGCUGACUUGGCCUGUGAUUCAGGUGCAAUUUAGACUAUGGCUGCUGCUUUACCCCCAGUUCCGGAGGAGCAGGCAUUCCUAGAGACUUUCUUCCAGUGCUUGAGUCAAUUUGCUUUUGAUAAAGCAAAGGAAUUGUCAGAGAAGGAGCGUGACAGUCAUGAUGCAGCAUUCGGGUCCUCCUGGGGUUUGCUGCUCAACUCCCUGGGUCACCUGGCCUUCAGUGAGAAGAUGUAUAUGUCACUGAUGUUCUUGGGGCAGAAGUGGUUCGGCAGAAAAGAUAAUCUUCGCAGCAGUUACAGUGUACUGCUGUCAGAGCUGAAGAAGAUUGAGGAGCAUGCUGCUAGUGCCUCGGACUAUCCUGGCAAGGUACGGACACCAGAGAGGAUUCUGGGACACCUCUGUGGGCAACUGUGUCAGUUUCUUACAGCGAGAACAAAAAUGAUGGACUUUUAUGAGCAGCUGGCCACCAUGGGCAGCCAGAAGACCACUUAUGAGGACCUGGAGAACGUGAUCACAGAGAUCAUCCAGGCUCACCAGAAGAGUUUUCAUCAUCCUAUACUUAGUCCCUUGAAGAAUGCUUUCAGCCUAGAGUGUGACAUAGUUCAUAACCUAUUGCUAGCUCAGAUGGACAUGGCUCAGUUAAAGUUCCUUUCCUCUCUCAUCCAUCUUCACGAUGCUCACAGCAAACUGGCCUCAUGGAUGCCUGCCUUACAGAGCAGAGAGCAAAGUAAGAAGCUUGGUUUUUCUCGUCAGCCCAGUAUGCCAGCUCUGUACCAGUGGCUGGUGAGAUAUAAGGCGGCUCUUGUGGCUAAGUUCAGCUUGUAUUUCUAUGAAACCUUGAGUAAGCAAGCUCCUCCUGGGGACCUGAAAGCUUUGAUAGCCAAGACUCCCGUGGAUUUCUAUGCCAGAAUUGUGACAUUCCACAAGAAGUCCGAUGCAUCCCAUGUAUCUGCGGUGUUUGAUACCAGUGGUCUCGAGGAGCCGUACAGAGGGCCUGGCUAUCACCACCCCCUAAAAAUCGUGGAAUCCCCCACGGGUCUGGACAGUUACCCAGCUGUGUUUUCGUACCCUGGGGAGCGUCCUGCUGCCCACUGGCCUAAUGUAAUAAUGAUUAUCAAUGACAGAGCUGCUGAACUGGGCCACAUUGACAAAGUGGUGCAUUUCUAUGACAAGCAAGUUCAGAGCACAUAUUUUCUUGCCCAGAUCGAGCCUCGCCUGACAUUUGUCGUUAUAUUUGACAACAAUAAGAAAUCAGAGAGGGACUCCUACGUGUGCAAUUUCAUACAAGACAUUUGUACCCAGUUGCGCUGCACCAAGAUAUUCUCUACUUUAAAACCUGGGGGCAAGAGCUGAGAAUAGUAUGGAAUGAUGGAAUAUAAGAAAAAAAAGAUCUUUAAAUUAGUCUAAGAGCACAUUCAGAACAACAGACUAACAGAUCUGCUGAUCAAAUAUGGCUGACACACUUGAAUGCUCGUGGUGUAAUCCCUGCAUGGAAUCUAUUCAGUGUCUAAUUGGAAAUUAAAUUUCAAGCUUUUGUGAGAAGUGAUGUCCUACAAAAAGAUAAUACCCUGUAUAAGGUAUGAUAGACUAAUAUAUAAACAGUUGGAGAUGUAGAAAAAUGUGAAAGAAGUCUGCGUCCAACUUUACGCAAGAUAUUUGUAUCCAGUCUUCUUGUACCUAAAUGUUCAUCUUAGAACCCUGGAAAGGAUACAGAUCAUGUAGAAUAUUUUAAGAAAUAUUUUUAGAACAAGCUACAGAUUCAAAUUAUGUAUUCAAAAUAGAAAAUAAUGUUCAAUAGAGGAUUGAAAUUUGGAAGAAAGAGCAACACAGAUGAAAGUAUUGGUGAAAAGGAGGACAAGGAUAAU